AAUUCAAACGAUUCUAACCUUACAAAAAAUGAGAUUUAUUGGUAUUCAUUUUAAUUAUUGAAAUUUAAGUAUCACAUUAAAUACGUACAAAAAGGUGUAAAAUAUUGCAUUUAUCGUUUUUGUGUUAGUUACGUUUCUCCUUUUGUAUUACCAAAGAGCCGAUUAAGAUGGAAAAUGUUAAGGAAGAGAUUUUACAAAUUCAAAAAUUACUGAAAUACUUUUCGAUCACUACCUAUGUGGCGUCUACCACAGAUGUUGUGGCCCAUGAAAUAUUGACACGCUGCAUCAACUUGUUGGAGGUGGAUUAUAACAUCAUAAAGCUUCCCAACAAUGAUGGAAAUUUAAGUUUUCAUUAUCCCAGUACAAUACCUUUGAUAGACAGUGAAAAACGCACAAGUUAUGAAGAUAACCAAGCACUAGAUGAAAGGGAGAUCCUGGAGCUAUUACAAAGUGCGAAACUAGCUCGUUGUAGGCAGCGUUUUCCAGUCCCUGUCAUCAAAUUUAGGGGCAAAAAUAUAUGUCGUUCAGCUACUCUAGCUAGUAUUCCAGAGAUAUGUUACAGAUCAGGCUUCCAAGAAUUGAAUCUUAAUAAUCUCUUAGCAUUAAAAGAGUUUUUGUAUCCUAGUGAAGAUACUGGGACUGACACCUUGAAUAAGAAUUUUGAUGAAGUAACCUCCUCAACCAAAGAGGAACUGUCACAAAAUUGGCCCCACUGUAAUAAUGUUCGCAACCAAGAUAUUAAAUUGCUAAAAAUGUUUAAUACCAUGACCAUAAUUGAUCUUAUGGUUGAAAAAAGAAAAUGCAAAUAUGGGUUGUACGUUAGUUCAUCUGAAAAAGUGGACUCCGAACGGUUCUCAGAUUUUAAAAUUGUAUCAUUUCCAUAUCCUGGCUGUGAAUUUUUUACAAAGUUCCAUGACAAAUUAUUGAGUGCUGAUAAACUGAAAUUCGACUGGGAUCAUCCAUCAUAUGAUGCAACACUUUCAGUUCCUGAGAAUACACUUAAUAUUCAGUGGGAAGGUUACAAGGAUUGGGAUCUCAUUACCAUUACUCAGAAUUAUCUUAAAUAUAUUCUAAGGUCGUUGCAGGAAGAAAGUUCUGGGAUAUUAAUACAUUGCAUUAGCGGGUGGGAUAGAACGCCACUUUUUAUAUCUUUGUUAAGGCUGAGUUUGUGGGCCGAUGGAUUAAUUCAUCAGAGCCUAGAUGAAUACCAAAUAAUUUAUCUAACAAUUGGCUAUGACUGGAUGCUUUUUGGUCAUCAUUUAGCUAAUAGACUGCACAAGAAGGAGGAAAUAUUUUAUUUUUGCUUUUAUAUGCUUAAGUUUAUAGCUAGUGAUGACUUUAGUUUAAGGAUACUCUCAAACGGACAUGGUUCAAAUCUUAGUUUGGAUUCUUGGGCUUCUGCUAGCGACAUGUUAUCGGCUCCAUCUACCCAUUCCAGUUCUAAGUCAGACAGUCACAUUGAUGAAGUUAACGGGAAUGGAAUGGACAUUAAUCUAUCAAGUCUAAGUCCAAUCCCUAGUCCUGCUGGAUCAUGCCAAGAUACUAGUCCUAUUUCCGGGGCAGAUGGAGAAUCAUCAAAAUCAUCACCUGAUACCCCUUUUAAGAAGAGACAACUGCAAGCAAGUACUGAGACCUGUGCCAAACGUGUAGCAUCAGAUCAUGGCUCGGUUGCCUCUUCUCCAAGAUCCUCUUUGAGAAGUUCAAAACACUCGCUGCCACUGUCAAUACGAGUACGCAAUGAUAGUUCCGGUAGCGGUACUAGCAGCAGCAGCUUUACCUUGGUGGGAUUUUCCGGAAGUUUGGAACCAGAAAAUAUGGCAUCAGCCAAGACGAGAAUCGGGAGACUGAGAAAGGUAAGAAAUAUUUUCACCGAUAAUUACUUGAAAAUGAUUCGUAACGAGACAUUUGGGCCCCCGAAAACAAUAAUAGAGCAUACUUUCAGCUUUAUAUGUGAUACGCUUUGUAAACAAUAAUUACCCACUUUUGUGAUUUAUCAGUAUAACCAUGUUGACUGAUUAGAAUUUAAGAUUUUAAGUUUUGUAUGUUUUAUCAAACCUGUUCAAAACAGGAAAUUUUGCAAUAUUUUGUUGGUAAAGAUAUGGGACCCCAAUGUGAUAUUGAGAUUUCCCCUUCUGAAUUUUAUUACUUUUGCUUAUAAGGUCUUGUAUGUACAUGCCAGAUGCUGAUGGUAUUGGGCUAAGGAUAGCAAAUAGAAGUUAAUAUGUUUCAAUUAUUGUUAUAAGCCCUUAAAAUUUUAUUGUUUUCCAAUUUUUUUUGUAAUGUUUGCUAAGAAUUUAAGCCAAACAUAUCUUCAGCUGGUCUCAGUGAAUGUCUUUCUGGAGUAGGGCAUAGGAACUACAAAAUAUCCCAACUUUACUGCCAUAAAACAUACCAUUUUACAAAACAUUGUUUGUUGCUACUCCAUUAAUAUUAAGUUCUUUGUAGCUGAUGAUAAACUUUGUCUUGUCACAUUUUGUUUCUUAAUAUUGGUAGCGUCUAUUUUGUGUAAAAAAAAAUUAUAUUAAACCAAGUUUUAAUAUUUGUCUUGCAAUGUCUUAAAAGUGCAAAGUUUAUAAUCAGUAUUUUUUUUGCCAAAAUUGUUUCCUUACUUUACCAAUUCCGGGUUUAAUUUAAUAUAUUAAUUGUCCCUCAAAAUAAAGU